AUGGUUCCGCCAUUCUCUAGUUUCCGACUACUGCUGAUAGUUCUCGGCCUCGCCACUCACGAUGCCGCAGCAGCAUAUCCAGGCUUUGCUGGCCUGCAAACUCUCUUCACUUUUGGAGAUUCCUAUACGAGGACUGGAUUUUAUGUCACUCGCGACCAGCCCUCCAUCGUCAAUCCCCUUGGUAACCCGACCGGUGCCACUGUUAACACCACCCUCGUGACGUCCAGCAUCGACGUUGUGAGUCAAGUUGAAAAUGGGUUCAUCCCCAACUACACCGGAACCAACCAGACUUGGGAUGCUGAGUCCUCUCUGUUCGGUUUCUUCAUCGGAAUCAAUGACAUUGGGAAGUCCUAUACCAAUGGCAACUCCACGGACCUUCACCCGCUGAUCUUUGAUAAAUUUGCGGAGUUGGUGGAAGAAGUCUACGAGGCGGGUGCCCGUAACUUCCUCUUCCUCAACGUACCUCCACUUGAGCGGAAGCUGAGAACAACCCAGUCCAGCGCGGCUGAAGAGCGCAUUCCUCUUGAAAAGGCUGCGGUUGAGGAUUGGAAUGAGCGUCUUGGCGUGUUUGUCAGCGACUUGCGAGAGGCUCACGGAGAUGUGACCGUGUUCCAAUACGACACCUAUGGGUUGUUUGGCAGAGUGAUAGAUCCUGGCCGUUAUAAAGAAACGGCAGUUUACAAGAACACGACGACAUACUGUUCGGCAUACCAAAACAAAAACACGAAGUGGGACAAUUGCACCUAUGCUGCCAAUGAGUAUAUGUGGAUCAACAGUCUUCAUCCAACAUCACCUGUUCACUUGGCAUUGGCAAGGAGUAUCUCGAGGGCCUUGGUUCGAUUAUGA